AUGUUUGAGUGUGCCUGCACGUACCUGGUGCUGAAUGCUGCUGGUUACGAGCUGAAGUUCUACAGCACCACCUAUGGGCAGGAGGGGGUAUUCACCUUCAAGAACAACAUGACGGCCUUCCACAAACGCUUCAACACCCCGCUGUUCCUCCAGAGGUGGACGUUUGUAGCCGAGAGCAGCGAUUCAGGAACGUACACAGUGGAGAUCUACAGGGAGUCAACGGGGAGAAUUGCAGGGAGACAGACGAUAGUGCUGAACAUUGCAGCUCCUCUGCCUGAUGCUGACCUGUCAGUAAGCUGUCCACCCAUUGGCCCGAGGAGUGUGAGCUGCUCGUCCAAUGGGGACAGUCCUCAGUACAGCUGGUCUCUGGAUGGGCGGGCUCUGAGUGGAGCUGAUGCUGAUCUCAGUGCAGAUAACCAGACUGUCCUGCUGAAGGGGAACGUGAUUGGACAACUCACCUGCACCGUCUCAAACCACGUCAACACAGCCAGCAUCACCAAACUCGUGUUCUGUCCUGAUAUCCUGAUGACGUCGAUAAUCGCGCUGUGUGUGUGUGUGUGUCUGUGCACCGCAGUGGUGGCCUGUUGCAUCUGCAGAAGGAAGAGGAACACACACACACACACUCCAGCACGUCACACCCAACUGGAGAUGGCAGAGAAUGACAAGUAUAUGAACAUUGCUGUCACAUGAUCUGGACAUCCAUUUGUGACAUCAUCACUGUCACAUUUGGGACUCAAAAAAACUAGGGUGCUUCGUGCUUCUAGUGAUGCGCAUCCUCGUUACCGAACUGCAGUGGGCACUGCACUGGGACUCACUAGUUUCAAACAAGCGAUUUAGGGUUAGGGUUAGGUUCAGGGUUAGGUUUAGGGUUAAGGUUAGGUUUAGGGUUAAGGUUAGG